CUUUAACAAACAAACAUCUUCCACUCCACACCUCAAUAUCCUCUUCUUCCAUUUUUUAUUCCAAUUUCCCCCAAAAAAAUUCACCAAAAUACCAUUAACAAAUUAAAAAAAAAAAUUCCCCCAAACAUCUUAAUUUCCUCCAUACAAUUACAUAAUAAAAAAACAAAGACAUCCCCCUGUUUAUGCCCUAGUUUUAUCCAUCCCCAAAAUGGCACUCGACAACUGUAUACAACUGAGCACCGCCGCCACCAUGUGCGCCGCCGCUUCCAUACCCAAAUCUCACUAUUUCUCUUCAACCACAAAUUACCCUCAAAAAACAUCCUUCUCCACCCUCUCCCUUCAACGCCUUAACAAAUCUCCCACGCCCACUUUCAGAAAACCCUUCUCCCUCACGUGCCAAGCCCGUGGAGCCGUCGACGACGUGAAAGAAGUAACAGAAUCGAGUUGGAAUAAUUUGGUGGUGGAGAAUCAAAAGGCUGUUUUGGUUGAAUUUUGGGCACCAUGGUGUGGACCUUGUAAGAUAAUUGAGCCAGUGAUUAAGGAAUUGGCAGCAGAAUAUGCUGGGAAGAUUGUGUGUUUGAAGCUUAAUACGGAUCUCAGUCCAAAUGUGGCUUCUAAAUAUGGGAUUAGAAGUAUUCCUACGGUUCUGUUUUUUAAGAAUGGAGAGAAGAGAGAAAGUGUUAUUGGGGCUGUGCCUAAAUCUACUUUGACUGCCUCCAUUGAUAAGUAUAUUGAGACUCAAAAAAAUUAAAAAUUUGAGAAGAAUGAAUGUGAAGCAUGGUAGAUUAAAGGUUCCGAAAUAUGAAUUUUAGGGUUUGGAGGGGAGUAAUGGAAGGAGUCAGACCGAAUAAGUAGUUGAGAAAUGAGUAGAAUCCACCCAACCAGACGAGCAUUCUGGUGCUAAAAAUAUGUGGGGCUUAUGUCUAAAAGCUUAGCUCAACCACAAUUUACAUUUACAUGUACUUGUUCAAAUUCUCAUUUUUGGAUUUUAUGAGAAAGAUGAAAUGAAAGGAUAUCGUAACUUAAGGGAGAUGGAGCUUCAGCUACUAAUCAAACGAUGAGGAAUGAGGAUAUUGUUGGGGGCAAGAAAGCCAAUGAAUGGUUGGAACUACAUCAGCAAGAAGAAACACUAAUAUUUCAUUUACUUCA